UUGAAUAUAUAUCCACAAGCCGGUGGUGACGCAGUCCGUUGCAUAAUUGGAAAAGCGGACCCUUGAAUAUUCUCCUUUUUCUCUUUCUUCCCUCUCCCAACACACCGGGAGCCCCAUCAUGUCGAAGUUCCUGGGAAAGCUGUCAACCAGCUCUCCAAGCUCCGAGGACGACUCCAAGAGGGAUGAGACUGCUGCCGUGGACAUCGACGAUGGCUCCCUCUAUCAAGUCCGGCAGUCGAAACGCCAGAUUGGUGUCACGUCUGCCGUCUUCCUCAUCUUCAAUCGAAUGAUAGGAACCGGCAUCUUCGCUACCCCCAGCGCAAUUUUCUCCCUUUCCGGAAGUGUUGGUCUCUCGCUGUUCAUUUGGGUCGCAGGCAUGUUGAUCGCCGCUGCUGGUAUGGCUGUCUACCUGGAAUUUGGCACUGCUAUCCCCCGGAAUGGAGGAGAAAAGAACUACCUCGAAUACGUUUACCGGAAGCCGCAAUUCCUGGCGACGGGCUUAUACACUGGCUAUGUUCUGUUGCUCGGCUGGGCAGGUUCCAAUUCGGUUGUAUUCGGAGAGUACAUCCUGCACGCCGCCAACGUCGAAGUCAACCGAUGGAACCAGCGAGGUGUCGGACUGGCCUGUAUCACAUCCGCCUUCCUGAUUCAUGGUCUGGCUUUGAAAUGGGGAUUGCGCCUUCAGAACCUCCUCGGUAUCAUCAAGCUGCUCAUUAUCAUGCUCAUCAUUGUGGCUGGAUGGGCGGCCCUAGGAGGUGCCCUUAAGAUUGAGAAGCCCCAUAACUUCGAUAACGCCUUCAAGGGCACCACCGGAAGCGCAUAUGGAGUCGUCACUGCUUUGUAUAACGUUAUUUGGAGUUACAUCGGCUACAGCAAUGCCAACUACGCCCUCACCGAGACGAAGAAUCCUGUCCGAACUCUGAAAAUUGCGGCGCCCUUUGCUCUGGGAUGCGUCUCCAUCCUGUACAUGCUCGUCAAUGUUGCAUACUUCGCUGCCGUACCUGCUGAUGAGAUCAUCUCGUCCAAGCGUUUGGUCGCUGCAUCCCUCUUCCGCAACGUCUUCGGUGCAAAGGCCGAACGCGCUCUAUCUGUCUUCGUCGCACUUUCAGCCUUUGGCAACGUGCUCAGCGUCAUCUUCUCGCAAGGCCGUCUGGUACAGGAAUUGGGUCGUGAGGGCAUUCUACCCUUCUCGAGGUUCUGGGCCAGCAAUCGUCCCUUCAACGCUCCUCUUGCCGGCUUGUUCGAACACUGGCUUGUUUCGGUCAUCAUCAUGCUUGCUCCCCCUCCUGGUGACGCCUACAACUUCAUCUUGAAUGUAAUCUCGUAUCCCCUCUCCGUCGUCAACGUCUUCGUCGCCGGCGCCCUCAUCCAUCUCUACCUUAACCGCACCAAGUGGAAAUGGAACCCGCCAAUCAAGGCCUCCCUCCCUGUUGCCAUCUUCUUCCUCCUCAGCAACAUCUACCUUGUCGUCGCUCCCUUCGUCCCGCCCGAGGACGACGACAGCAUCUACGAGAGUCUUCCAUACUGGCUACAUUGCAUCGUCGGUAUCGGAAUCAUCAUUGCUGGUGGCGUCUACUGGCUUGUCUGGGCUGUCAUUUUACCCAAGCUGGGUAAUUACAGGUUAGAGAGGGAGGUGUUGAUUGAUGAUAUUGAUGGCUGGGAACGCCAUGUGUUCAAGCAUGUGCCUAAUGCCCAGUCAUAGGCUGGGGCAUUUUCACGAGGGUUCCUUUUGCAUUUCGCUUUUCCUGCGUCAAUAUGUUUAACGCGUCGUGCUUG